AUGGCCUGGAAGUCACAUGAUGUCUUUGAAGAUCACCUUGAACCUCUGGUCCUCCUGCCUCCACCUCCUAGUACUAGGACUGCAGGCGCUUCGGGAGCCACUGGUUACCGUUCGGCCAAGUCCAAAUCCAAGAACCACGCCACACACAACCAAUCGCAAAAACGGCACAGAAAUGGCAUCAAGAAACCCCGGUCACAAAGAUACGAAUCUCUUAAGGGAGUCGACUCCAAGUUUCUGAGGAAUAUGCGCUUUGCCAGGAAGCACAACAAGAAAGGCCUGAAGAAGAUGCAGGCCAACAACGCAAAGGCAGUGAGUGCGCGUGCAGAGGCCACCACAGCCCUGGUGAAGCCCGAGGUGGUUCAGCCCAAGAUGCCGAAGGGCCCCAGCCGCAAGCUCAGCUGCCUUGCUUUCAUCGCUCACGAGAGGCGGAUUAAAAGCUACAUGGCCAAGGGUGGUAGACUCGGCCAACCAAAGCCCAAGGCUCAAACCAAGGCAGAGGCCUCAGCUCAAGCUCAGGCUCCCAGAGGUGCCCAGGCCCCUGUGAAGGCCCCAUAG